GAAAGGGGCUUGCAGUGGCAGCCAGCCAAGCCCCCCCGAGCCCUAUCCUUUUCCCCUCCCCUGGGUCUCCCCACCCCCAAGGCCCCAACUCCUAUCCUCUCCUCACCUCACCCGCGCCGCCGCAGCAGCGCCGCCGCCGCCGCGGCUUCCCUUCCUCACCCGAGCCAAGAUGAAUGUUGACAAGCUCAAGAAGAUGGCAGGUGCCGUGCGCACCGGUGGAAAGGGUAGCAUGCGCAGGAAGAAGAAGGCAGUCCACAAGACUACAACCACAGAUGACAAAAGGCUUCAGAGCACCCUGAAAAGAGUAGGAGUGAACACUAUCCCUGGUAUUGAAGAGGUCAACAUCUUCAAGGAUGAUGUUGUUAUUCAGUUUGUGAAUCCUAAAGUGCAAGCUUCUAUUGGUGCUAAUACAUGGGUGGUCAGUGGAACUCCACAGACAAAGAAGCUGCAAGAUCUGCUUCCGUCGAUUAUCAAUCAGCUUGGUCCUGACAACUUGGACAACCUGCGGAGGCUUGCGGAGCAAUUUCAGAAGCAGGUUCCUGGAGCUUCAAGCGCUGAGGCUGGUGCUAGCACAGGUGCUGCUCAGGAUGACGAUGAUGACGUUCCUGAGCUUGUCCCUGGAGAGACAUUUGAGGAGGCUGCUGAAGAGAAAAAGGAGUCGUCAUAAUGUUGCUGCGUGCCUGCUGUUGUGAAGGGUUUAUAAGUCAAGCAUUGCCAUUAGAAAAGACAUUCUGUUGAGACCUCUGACCUACCUUAUUUGUGCCUGUGGUCCGGUUCUGUCAUGUACGAGAAUCUGGUCGGAUGUGUUGGUGGGAUUUCACAUGAAGUAUGCCUCUUUUUGAUACCCUUA